GGCCCCUGACUUUUUUUUCUAUAUCUGUCUGAUAAAAAACAAAGGAACCUUCAAGCGAGGAAAGUUAAUUUCCCACAGUUUUAUUUAGAAUUAUUAUUACUAAAAUUGAAUAAUUGAGGGAUUAUGUGAAGGGAGCACAAAAUUGUUUCAAAUACCCUAAAAAAAUUAAACCCGUUUCGAUGUUGCUGUUUUUAUUUUAAGACCGAAAUUAAAUUUCAUUUCGCUCUUGAGAUUUAUGUUUAAAUAUGAUAAACCCGAAAUACAAACUAUUGUUCAUGUUAAGGGUUAUUGCCCAAUUGUACAAAAUUAUGGCGCGUGUGCUGUUCACACAAUCCUGAUAUGAAAAACGGGUAAAUCUCAUUUCGGAUUCACGUGAGGGCUAUCUUUCCCUCAAAAACUUGCCUCUUAGCCAGGAUAUACAUGAAUCCGAAAUGAGUCAAUUUUUCCAAUAACCACUCAGUUUUACAGCAAAAUAAAGAAAAAUCAAACACUAUAGAAAGCACACACACAUGACUGAGGGAAGUGUAGACACAACCGCAACUGUGGCAGUUGAUAUACACAAAACAGAUGGUGUUCGCUUGGAUGCAAAAGAUACAACUGCAGAUGAAAGCGAAGCACAUGCUGACAAGGAUGUAACGCCUAACAAAAAUGAAAGUGAAAAGACAAUAGAGAAAGAAAAAGAUGAAGCGAAAAGUACGGAAACCGAGGCUAUAAUUCAAAACAGCAGCAACGAUUUGGAAAACGCUGAUGAAAAACAAUCACCAAAAGUCGCAGGAGUGGGGACCACAAACUCUAGUGCUGCGGAGGAAAAUAACCACAUAGAAGAAGGGUCCGAUGAGAAGGUUCUUCAACAAGAAAAGCUCGACAAAUCAGCAGAUGGUGAACAGAUGGGAAAGGAUUGUACAAGCGAGAGAGAGGCUCAAGAAGAAGAAAAAGAAAAAGAAGAGAAAAAGAAAGAGACCGAGAAGAUUGCAAGUACAGAAAAAACAGAACCUAAUCUAACUGAUGAAAAAUUUGAUCUGGAAGAAAAGAUAAUUAACAAAACAGAAGGAAAUGUCGCAGCAGUUAAUGAUAAAUCUAAUAUAGCUGCUGUUGAUGAAUCCUAUACGAAUCACAAUAACCCCAAUGUUAAUGAUAUGGAUGAUAAUAAAUCCGAUAUGGAUGAUAAUAAAUCCGAUAUAGAUGAUAAUAAAUCCGACAUAGAUGAUAGUAAAUCCGACAUAGAUGAUAAUAAGGCCGGUAUAGAUGGAAACAAAGCGAAUAUAAACGGUGAUAAACCCGAUGCAAAUAAUGAGAAAUCCGACAGCAACAAAGGUGAUCGCAGUGCUAUUAAAGGAAAAACCGAUAAUAACAACAACGACUUAGAAGCUGACACAGCAAAAAUAAAUGACGAAUUUAGCGGCACCGAGAUUGAAAACGACAAAAAAGAAGAUAUAAAUUUUAAUGCGGACAUUGACGAUUUUUUAAACGAAACGGACGAGAAACCUUCGCUAGAAGAUGAACUGACACAGUUCACAAGCGACCUACAGAAACCGUCGCGCCUAACAACAGGCAGCAAUGACAAAACACCAAGAAAGAGUCUGGUGAACUUGGAUGCUCUGGAGUUUGAAACAGACUUCUUGGCUCGUCGUAUACAGGAAGGACGCGAUCAACAGGAAUAUUUAAACAGUAAAGUUCAUGACAAAGACAGAGAAUUAGAAAUCGCAGAAACGAAAAUCAAAGAUUUAAAACUUCGACUGAUCAGAUUUACAAAAGACGACCAAGCGAAAGAUAAACAUAUCGCAUCGUUAGAAAAUGAACUGAAAGAAAUUAAUAAGAAACUGGAGGAUCUGUUGGAUGAAUAUCAACAUUCUAAACCAACAUCUAUGACGAAUGCAAAUAAAAUAGAAGCUCAAAGAGAAGAUGCUAGAGAUAAUAGGAAACAAAAGUCUAAACUCUGCGUCAUACUAUGAUUUUAACUAAGACGGGCUAUCAUAAGAGCAGGCGAAGAAAAACUUUUCAAGAUCUGUUAACCUAUGGCAAACAAAGUAUUAAGGCUGACAAUAUCCUGAUCUACAAUUGAAUACGGACCAACCAAGAUAACUUAAAUGUUAAAUUACAGAACUUUUAUCAUAUGAUAUUGUUUAUCUGAAUUCUUUCACACCAACGCAAGCUACGCAAACAAGGUAGGUUCUCAAUGAGGAGGACAAAAUUAUUAGACGGAAAGAUGAGAGGUUAUUGUGAAAAAAGGGGGACCAAAUUAUCUACGAGGAUAUUAACACAUGAUUCUUUUUUCUUGCGAAUAUAUUUUUUCAACAUUAUUUUCUAAAUUUGAUAAAUGUAAAUAUAAAUAAUAUAAUACAAAGUUUCUUCUUCUAAA